CACUGGCUUUUGCUGCAAACAAGAGAAUGGAGCCUUUUACUGUACCACUGUGGAUUGGAAGCUGGUAUGAAUCCAUAGUGACUCCUGCUGUUCCCUAUCAUUUUUUGCUUGCUAAUUAUAACGGGACAGCAAUUAUUCUAUUCAACUUUCAAGGCUGAACUCACCUGUAGUGGCCACCAGGGGAGGCUACAUAGGACCAUUGGAGCUGUUAGCUUCAAUUUAUGUAUUUUGUUAGGAGCAAAAUGCCUCUCAUUGUGACAAGGCGGCUUGAAUAUACCCAGGAGACUGAGGUUUUGGAUGCAGUGCUUAUAGGGAAAACAAUGUGUAUGCAUAGGCACACACCCAGGUGUGUGAAGGCUAGGCUACCCAGUAUCAGGGAUGGAAACAGAUAGUAUCCAAACUGCAGCAGUUUAGUUCAGUCAGGGAAGUUAAAAAGGUGCAUGGGGUCCUUAUUUUACCUACAGCAGGGAAACUAUCAACCCUGGAGUGGGACAUAGCUAUAACGUCCCCAAAGGCCUCAUUCUCCAUCCUCAGAUUUUCCAGGUCAGCCACUGUAGGCUCAAGGGAACAAAAUUAUUCGUAGAGAGCCAGGGACCCAUUGCACCUUGGACACACACAGCUUCUGUCCAACAGGCAGAUAGUUGUACAUGUGACAGACAGAGCAAAACAGUGGAAAUGUAUAAACGAAGAUGGUAAAAUAUUUUGCACAUUUCAAGCUAUACCAGUGACGAAUGCUGAUUUCAACCCAUGAUGUUCCUUGCUGCACCAUUUCAUAAGCCAGCUUCCUUUCAGGCCCCUGGUCAAGAUCGAACAUCCCAGUUACAACUUACAUUUUACAGGGCAACCCCAUGCAAUCAUAUUUACUGGAAAGCAAGUUUGGCAGUGUUCAAUGAGAUUUCCUCCAUGCGGUCUUAGCCUGUGCAAACUUACCUGGAAGUAAGCGCCGUUGAGCAUAAUGGGGCUUCCUUCCAAGUAAACAUGCACAAGCUCGCGCUGUGACAAUAGGAUUCAAUUCUUGCAUAGGGUUGCAUAGGACGUCUCUGAAUUCCAGAGCAAGGAAAAGGCAGAAGGAACGAGCGCCCGGUCCCUUUAAGAGCUGCAAGCUUGCUCUUUGUAUCUCGCCGCACAGAGGGAAGUCUUUCUCUCUGGUUCCGGCAGCUGCAGAUGGGGGAGAGAGUUGCUUUUCUUCGCACAGCUUGAAAGCCAGAGAUCUGCGUCCCGCGACAUGAUCUCAGAGAUGAAGUUAAUGGUCCCCUGGGGCCACAUCGCAGCCAAGGCAUGGGGAUCUCCACAAGGCCGCCCUGUCCUCUGUUUGCACGGGUGGCUGGACAAUGCAAACACUUUCAACAGGCUCAUCCCCUUACUCCCCAAAGAUUGUUACUACAUGGCCAUUGAUCUUGCAGGACACGGCCUGUCAUCCCACCGCCCACCUGGGGCAAUCUAUCACUUCAUGGAUUAUGUGGGUGACGUGCGCAGGGUAGCAGCAGCAAUGAAAUGGAAUCGGUUUACCCUUAUGGGCCACAGUUUGGGUGGGAGUAUUGCAGGCAUGUUCUCUAGUAUUUUCCCCGAACUGGUGGACAAGCUGAUCCUGGUGGAAUCGUAUGGUUUUUAUCCUGCACCUCAGGGUUAUCAAAGGGGCCCGGGAUUACAUACAGAAAAGAAGCCGAGGUUGCUGUUCACCCCUAGAGAUGCUUUCUCACGUUUAGAGGAAUUGGAGAAAAUUUGCAAGUCCCAGCGGGAGGUAAUUGAGGAACUGCUGAAUUUUGAGACCAGCAAGUACCAUUCCCCCAAAGUACGCAGUCCUGAAGCAGCCCUUCAGAGGUUAAUGGAAGCAAACAGCCAGCUAACAGAAGAGAGUGCUAAGGUACUGCUGGAGCGAGGGGCUUCUGAGGUGGCAGGAGGUUUGGUUUAUAACAGAGAUUUAAGGGUCCUUGUGCAGAACCACAGUUUUGUAUCUCUGGAUCAAUGCUGCCACAUCCUGAAGAAAAUUGAGGCUGAUAUACUGAUGAUCAGAGCAGAAAAUGGGAUUUUUACCAAUCCUCCUAAAGGUAGCGUCCCAUACUUUGUAGAACCACUUGAGGAAGCAUUCAGGACCAGCCUAAAAGAGCGUUACCAGUUUGUGGAAGUUGCUGGCAAUCAUUUUGUCCACCUGAAUGAGCCCCAAGUUGUGGCCGGGAUCAUCAACACCUUCUUAAAUAAGGACCAGAAACCCAGAGCCAGCCUAUAAGCAGUGCCAACCUACAUCAUCAUGACUAACCCUUCCUAGAGAACAGAUGGAUGCCUUCGAAAGAUUCAGUCCUGCUCUAAGUGAGGAGGCUGCUGUGGGACCUGCAGGGUAUCUUGCACAACUACCUUGUGGCGCAGUGGGGACAGCUUGCACAGACAUUUAGCACAAACAAUUCUUUGUUCUGUUUCUACUGAACAGCUCAGUCAGAUUCAGUUCUUCAUGAGUGCCUUAGUCCAGUUACACAUACGGUGGGUGAGUAGAUUUGUCUUAAAAUGUCAAUUCAUGUACUGGAUUAUGAUUUUCUGGGCCAGAGCCAGGUGUUCUAACUAGGUAACAACUGUUAGUUCAGUGAAGGAAACAUUUUAACCACUCAUGCUAGUUUAGGUAUUAAAACUAAGUUUGUUGCA